UUGCAUCAAAGUUAUCACUCGAAGAAUUUUCUUGACGGAAAUAUGAAGAAGUCUGAUGUCAUAAUGGCUAAUUCCAUAGUUUACCUGUUUUGUCUUAAUAUUUGUCUUAUAUCUUCGUUCUUGAUUUCAGAUAAUCAACGAUCAAUUCCAGUACAAACCUACGACUCGCUUGUUUCUUACCUAGAAAAUGGCGCACAAGUGAGAUACUUUUUUAACAUAUCGAGUUGUCUACAAUCCGCUUCACCUCCAUUUAAAGACAUUCCCGUAUUUGGUGGUGAAAUCAAAUACUUCAGUGCCAGUAAAAAUACAGUAGAGGAUGCAGGACAGUUGAUAUUCAGUAACGUAGACUACAUCAACCAAAACGAUCUAAAUAAAGAAAUACAUACAUUUUGGAUUGUAAAUGAUACUGCAAAGGUGUUUUGGGCACAACCUGGAGUAUAUAUAAAUAUUACAGACAACAUAGCAGGAACAUAUUGUAAAUGGACAGAAGGACAAGGAAGCCUAUGGGUAAAGAAUCAAGCAAAACAAAGACAACUGACGUCAUUUCCGGAAAUCCAGACGAUGCUGACUUCUGGUGAGGAAGUCGGAUGGGUUGUAAAUAUAACAGAAUGUCAAUGUGCUGCGGGACAAGGCAACUGCUAUCAUGGCAUAUUAGGAGACACGAUCAGAGGUUUCAAAAUGGCGAAAGAUAGUUCUAUACAUUUCUCUACUUCCAUGACAACGAUCUUUCCUGUGGCCAUGAACUUCAUUCAACUAACUACCUUUGUUCGUGUUAAUGUCAACAACACUGCAACAUUUACAACUAGACAUUUAGAUCCAUCAACAUUUGAACAAGAUGAAAUUGACAUGAUGAGUUGUCCAAUAGAUGCAGGGUCCUCAGUUGGAAACGGAGCUAAAUUUUAUGUUAACUAGUUUAUGGCGUGAACUAUGUAGUAUC